AUGUGGGUGCUCCUGCUGCUGUGGCCCCUGGCACUGGGGGUUAGCCAAGAGAGUGGCACCCAGACCCCCAGCAUCUAUGACGAGGGCGGGAGCACAGGGAGAGGAGACGAUGGCACUCCGGGACCUGGGGCCAGGCCCCAGGGAGCGAUCCCUUGUCCACCCCACCCGCGCAGCUUCCCUGGCUGGUCCUACGCCAACAACAGCAACACUCUGGAGCUCUGGGACAACUCUCGAGAGCUGCUGCUGGGCUGGGUUCCCACAAGGCUGGUGCCCGCACUCUACGGGCUGGCUCUCGUAGUGGGGCUGCCUGCCAACGGCCUGGCACUGUGGGUGCUGGCCACGCGGGUGCCUCGGCUGCCGUCCACGGUGCUGCUCAUGAACCUAGCAGCUGCUGACCUGCUACUAGCCCUGACCCUGCCACCUCGCGUUGCCUACCACCUGCGGGGCCAACGCUGGCCCUUCGGUGAGGCCGCCUGCCGCCUGGACACGGCUGCACUCUAUGGUCACAUGUACUGUUCCAUGUUGCUGCUGGCCGCCAUCAGCCUGGACCGCUACCUGGCCGUGGUGCACCCACUGCGGGCCCGCACCCUGCGAGGCCGGCACCUGGCCACUGGGCUCUGUGCUGCAGCCUGGCUGGUGGCAGUCACUCUGGUGCUGCCCCUGGGGCUGCAGCAGCAGACCUUCCGUCUGUCGCUUUCAGACCGUGUGCUCUGCCAUGACGCGCUGCCCAUGGGUGUUCAGGCCUCCUACUGGCGACCUGCCUUCAUCUGCUUGGCUGUGUUCGGCUGCCUCCUGCCCCUGCUGGCCAUGCUGCUUGGCUAUGGGGCCACUCUGUGCACGCUGGUAGCCAGUGGCAAGCGCUACAGGCACGCACUAAGGCUGACGGCACUGGUGCUGGCCUCAGCCGUGGCCUUCUUCGCGCCCAGCAACAUGCUGCUGCUGCUGCACUACUCAGACCCAGGCCCGGAGGCCUGGGGGAACCUGUAUGCCGCCUACGUGCCCAGCCUGGCGCUCAGCACCCUCAACAGCUGCGUUGACCCCUUCAUCUACUACUACGUGUCAGCCGAGUUCAGGGACAAGGUACGGGAGGCGCUGCUCCGCCGGGUGCCAGGAGCAACCAUGGCCUCCAGGGAGGGGGGCAGCCCGGGGAUGGGCACCUGGUCCUCAUCGCUCGUGUGA